AAUAUUCUUCCGCUUUAGAACUUUUUAAGCGCACGUUUUUUGUAAAGUUAAGGAUGGUUAGUGAGACACUUGUAAAUAUUAAAAAAUGGGCGUUGCAACUAUUAUCGGGUAUGUAAACUUUAUCGCGAUUGCAUUUGCUGUGUUGUUUGGAGUGCUUUCAAUAUCAACCAACAAUUGGCGAACCUUUUCGUUAAAAGACUUUAAUUAUGGCUUGUGGAAGGUCUGCGAUACUCUUACUUGUUCGAAAUUUACGCAGGAUGAAACAUUGCCAACGCGAGUGUUGAUGAUCAUAACAUGUCUAUGUUUUGCAGUUGUUGUUGUUUUGAGGCUCCUCGGGUGUUUUAUCAAAUCGUUAUCUCCCAAGAUUGUGACUCUCUUUUUGAUCCUAGCAUUUGUUUUUGAGUUAGCAGCAGUGGCAAGCUAUACAGACAAGAUGAAGCAAGAUGGAUUUAGUUUCAGUUGGUCUUAUCAUUUAGGCUGGGUUUCGGCAUUCCUAGCUUUAAUUACAGGAAUUAUAAACUUGUUUGAGCGCAGAGAUGAGUAAAGUGUGAAGAACAUACUAGAUUUAGUUUUUCUAUCUUGAGCUUUUUUUAUCAAUACAUAUUUUUGUUAUUAUAUUUAUUAUCCGCGAAACAGAACCGUCAAAAGCCUUUUCUUACGAGUUUUUUUACAUUUUUUUUAAACUAUGUGUUCAUAUGUGAGCAUAUUUAUGUUUAUAUUUGUUUUGUUGUUGUUGUUUUUGUAUAUUUAUUAGGGAUUUUUUCAUUCUUAUAUUAGGAAAUAUAUAUAUUGGAUCGGCAGUUAUUAAGAAAACAAAUUCCCUAUUUUAACAGUAGAAGAUUCUGCGAUCAUAAAUCUUUGUGAUUAUUUGGCGUUUGUUUAAAAUUUUUUUUUCAUAAAAUACAGACAUUUGAUUUAAAGAUUUAGUUU